AUGGAAGCAGAUAGCCAAACAUUUACUAGGAAGUAUGCUGCUGAUAUUUCCUCAAUAAAAGAGGCACAACAACGCAUCAAGUCAUUUGCACACAUAACUCCAGUACUCUCCUCUGAAACCUUGGACUCCUUCUGUGGUAGGAAGCUCUACUUUAAAUGUGAAUGUUUUCAGAAGGGUGGAGCUUUUAAAUUCAGAGGGGCUUGCAAUGCUAUAUUUUCACUCGAGGACAGUCAGGCAGAAAGGGGGGUGGUGACUCAUAGCAGCGGUAAUCAUGCUGCAGCACUUUCUCUGGCUGCAAAACUACGGGGCAUUCCUGCUUACGUAGUUGUACCUAAAAAUGCUCCAAAAUGCAAAGUUGAGAAUGUCAAACGUUAUGGUGGCCAGAUUAUCUGGAGUGAAGCUGCUGUUGAGUCUAGGGAGGAAACUGCGAAAAAGGUUCUGCAAGAUACUGGUGGUGUUCUUGUCCAUCCAUAUAACGACGGACGAAUUAUCAGUGGACAAGGCACCAUCUCACUGGAGCUCUUGGAGCAGAUACCACAAAUUGACACUAUCAUUGUUCCAGUUAGUGGUGGAGGCUUGAUUUCUGGGGUGACACUUGCUGCUAAAUCCAUUAAUCCUUCCAUCAGAAUAUUGGGUGCGGAGCCUAAGGGUGCUGAUGAUGCAGCUCAGUCAAAGGCAAUCGGCAACAUUGUUAGAUUAGCAGAGACCAGAACGAUUGCUGAUGGACUUCGAGCUUUUCUCGGAGAGCUCACAUGGCCUGUUGUCCGGGAUUUGGUCGAUGAAAUCAUACUUGUUGAGGAUACUGAAAUAAUUGAAGCCAUGAGGCUUUGUUAUGAAAUCCUGAAGGUUGCCGUGGAGCCAAGCGGAGCAAUUGGUCUCGCAGCUGUUUUAUCCAGCCGCUUCAAGAAUAAUCCGGCUUGGAAAGACUGCAAAAACAUUGGAAUUGUAGUUUCAGGAGGCAAUGUCGAUUUGGGUGUGCUCUGGGAUUACUUGAACAAAGGACUUUUGUAA